ACUGGGAUCCCCUCUUGGGCAACAACACCUCCAAUUAAUUUCUGAUAUAUAGGGAGAGACGUACUCGAACACUUUGGCUGUGAAUAAAGGGUCGAGAGCAGUGAUUACAGCAAAGAAAGAGAUUUUGUGUUGGAAUGGUUCGUUCCUGUGUAGGCAUGGUUCGACUCGGUGUUGCAGUUGGGUCCUCUGAAUUUUAAAUGAGAAAGCUGGUAAUCUUUGAUAUUCCAAGUUCCAAUGGCGGUUCCACCAGAAACUGCACGUAUGCUUGAUGCUCUUGAAGCCUUUCUGGAUGCCCCACCACUUCGUUGCGACUUCCGCUGCAUCCGUUGCCAUAAUCACGUUGCUUCUGACUACAAUUUGGUUCAGGAUCUUUAUCCAUUUUCCAUGGCUAAGCUCCUCUUUGAUCCCGACGUUCCUGGUGUGAUGCCCGGGGCAUAUAGUCCUCCUGUUCGUGGUCUAUAUGUUGGUGAACAUCCUGAAGGGAGUCAUGUGGAUGCGGUUUCUGUCUACUGUAGUUCAUGUGGAAGCUGGCUUGGGCGGAGAAUAAUUCGGCUGUACGUUGACCAUCACCCUGUAAUCCGUCAAGGCCAAUUUGUACUCGUAUGUGGUGGUGCAGGCAUAGAACCUGUAUUUCCUGUGCAAAAUUUUCUGUAGGUUUCUAUUCAGCCGAAAAAAAUAAAAAAUAAAAAUAAAACUCUAAUGUUAUGAUGUCAAUGAUUGUAAAUAUAAUCGUUAAAAUUUAU